UAUUAUAGCAUUGGCAUUUGUCCCGCAUAGUUGUCAAAAGUUUCAGUUGAGUGUAACAUGUCUAUCGGAGACCCACCACAAUCUACUAAAAUUUGUAUAAAAGAUUAGAGCGAAAUCUACAUUCAAACCUUGUAAAUUCAUAACCACGAAUUUGAGAUUACAAAUUUAAAUUAUGCAUACAUCUAUAAAAUAUUAACCUAAACUUGCUGCAAUGUUGGUUCACUUACUUAUAUAUAAAUAUAUUUUUGAAACCUCACUGGAUUGAGCAAAUUUGCUAUCAUGAUAGACCCAAGCUCUAGUGAAGAAGAGGGAGACGAAGAUAGCGUCAUUAAUCUACCAAGUAAAGGUCGUGUCUCAGUUCCACAUAAAGCAUCGACACUUGCCGCAGGACCAUCAUCAACAAGCACUGGGACUUUACCAAUUCUGACAACCGUUCCGAGCGUUCAUAAUGGCGAUUUUAUUGGAAGCCACAGACCGUCGGCAUCAAUACCUGGCAAUACCAACGCAGGAAUUGGAGUCGGAACAUCAAAAAAUGAUCAAACUCAAUUCAAUACGGAAAGUUCUAAUCUUGAAGUGCCCAACAAUGGAAUUCCAAGUGGUAUUUCCCAAGAAACAUUAAAUCAAAGCGUCGGAUCGUCGAGAGCCAACUCGUUACCUCGUCCACUUUCACCAUCUUCAUCGCUUGCUAGUGAUAAACAUGAUGCCGGAGAUCCUCACGAGAAACACGAGCGUGAAGAGGAAGAGCGGAAACGUCGUAUUCAGUUGUAUGUAUUCAUAUCACGGUGCAUAUCUUACCCAUUUAAUGCUAAACAACCAACGGAUAUGACAAAACGGCAACCAAAAAUCACAAAGCAACAAUUGGAGAUAGUCACACAACGAUUUCAAGCCUUUUUAAAAGGAGAGACCCAAAUAAUGGCUGAUGAAGCAUUUCAAAAUGCGGUUCAGAGCUAUCACGACGUCUUUUUAAAAUCGGAGCGUGUUAUGAAGAUGGUUCAGUCAGGGGCAUGCUCACAACAUGAUUUUCGUGAAGUAUUUCGUAAUAACAUUGAAAAACGAGUAAGGUCUUUACCUGAGAUCGAUGGCCUCAGUAAGGAAACAGUGUUAACAUCGUGGAUGGCAAAAUUCGAUAUUAUUCUUAAAGGCAGCGGCGAUGAAGAUACAAAGCGUCCAUCGCGUAUGCAGCAGUCCCUAAAUAGUGAGCUUAUUCUAUCUAAGGAACAACUCUAUGAUAUGUUUCAACAGAUUUUAUCUGUGAAAAAGUUUGAACACCAAAUCUUGUUUAACGCCCUAAUGCUCGACUCUGCAGAUGAGCAAGCGGCGGCCAUCAGGCGAGAAUUGGAUGGUCGCAUGCAAAAGGUUGGAGAAAUGGAAAAAAAUCGAAAACUAAUGCCAAAAUUUGUGCUUAAGGAAAUGGAAUCUCUUUACAUUGAGGAAUUAAAAUCUUCAAUUAAUCUUUUGAUGGCAAAUUUGGAGUCACUACCUGUAUCUAAAGGUAACAUGGAUAGUAAAUAUGGCCUACAAAAGUUAAAGCGUUACAACCACAGCACACCAUCUUUUUUAAAAAUGAUUUUACGUUCGCAUGGAUCUCUAUCGAAGUUAGAGGGUGACUCUGAAGAUGGUACCACUCAAUUGACCAAAUUGGACGUUGUUCUCACAUUUCAAUUAGAAGUGAUUGUUAUGGAGGUAAAAGGGCUCAAAUCAUUGGCACCUAACCGCAUUGUUUACUGUACAAUGGAAGUUGAAAACGGUGAAAAACUCCAAACUGAUCAAGCCGAGGCUUCCAAGCCUAUGUGGGACACACAAGGCGAUUUUACAACCACUCAUCCUUUACCAGUAGUUAAAGUAAAGUUAUACACGGAAAAUCCUGGAAUGUUGGCCCUGGAAGACAAAGAAUUAGGGAAAGUGACUAUAAAACCUUCCCCGUUAUCAUCAAAGUCACCAGAAUGGCAUCGUAUGAUAGUUUCAAAAAAUGUACAAGAUCAAGAUGUGCGAAUCAAGAUAGCAUGCCGAUUGGACAAGCCUUUAAAUAUGAAGCAUUGUGGGAAUCUGUACGCAAUUGGGAAAUCCGUAUGGAAAAAGUGGAAACGACGUUAUUUUGUUUUAGUGCAAGUUUCGCAAUACACAUUUGCAAUGUGCAGUUAUAAGGAAAAGAAGUCUGAGCCAUCCGAGAUGAUGCAAUUGGAUGGAUAUACGGUAGACUAUAUUGAAGCUGCAAGUGCAAAUUUAAUGUUUGGCAUCGAUUUGAACGGGGGUCGAUAUUUUUUCAAUGCAGUACGGGAGGGUGAUAGCAUCGCAUUCGCUUGCGAUGAUGAAAAUGAAUGCAGUCUCUGGGUAAUGGCUAUGUACCGGGCAACCGGGCAGUCGCAUAAGCCAACACCACCUAUAACACAGGAUAAAAAUUCGGCAAUGUCCAAAAUUCAAGGUGAUGCAGAUAAAGCUCGUAAACAUGGCAUGGAGGAUUACAUAAGCGCCGAUCCGUGCACAUUCGAUCAUGCCAAUUUAUUUAAAACCUUGCAAAACUUAACGCUCGAAUAUAGAUUAAACGAUCCUUAUGCAUCUUUGGGUUGGUUUAGUCCUGGACAAGUUUUUGUUUUGGACGAAUAUUGCGCGCGGUAUGGUGUACGUGGAUGCUAUCGACAUUUAUGCUAUCUUUCCGAUCUUUUGGAUCGCGCUGAAAAACAUCAUAUGAUUGAUCCCACAUUAAUCCAUUACUCGUUUGCAUUCUGCGCGAGCCAUGUCCAUGGCAAUAGGCCGGAUGGAGUAGGCAGCAUAACACAAGAGGAAAAGGAAAAGUUUUCCGAAAUUAAAGAACGUUUGCGGCAAUUGCUUGAAUUUCAAAUCACGAAUUUUCGAUACUGUUUUCCAUUUGGACGCCCAGAAGGAGGACUUAAAGCGACACUAUCAUUACUUGAACGCGUUCUAAUGAAAGAUAUUGUGACACCAGUACCACCAGAAGAAGUGCGUCAAAUGAUAAAAAAAAGUCUGGAAACGGCCGCACUCGUCAACUAUACACGACUUUCGGCUGAAGCAAAAAUCGAAGAGGAUUUACGCGGAGAAAUGAUUGUACCGCCACCCAAGAAAUUGGAGGAUCUUAUUCAUCUCUCUGAACUUUGCGUUGAUUUAUUGCAGCAGAAUGAGGAGCAUUAUGGUGAGCUGCGCAAAAAUGAUAAAAAGGAUAAGGUUAAGACAAUCAAGGAAGGCGGUGAUGCUACACAAGAUGAUGAUCGUAACGAUGCUGAAAUGACUGGUACUAAUAAUGAUCUGGGAUCCACAAGCAUGGACCAAAUUACAACAUCUUCUAAAGGCUUAUUGGAUGCUUCUGGUGGUGUUGGUGUUAGUAAUGGACCGCCCCCAUUUCGAUACUGUAUGCCCACACAUGCUGUGUACACAUCGCCAGUACCAACGGCGUUUGCUUGGUUCAGCGAUCUGCUUGUUGAGCACGCAGAGAUAUUCUGGUCACUUUUUGCUGUUGACAUGGAUCGCGUACUAUCCGAACAGGCACCAGACACUUGGGACUCAUUCCCCUUAUUCCAAAUCCUUAACGAUUAUUUGCGAUCUGAUGAUAAUUUGCGUAAUGGGCGAUUCCACCAGCAUUUGCGUGAGACAUUUGCACCGUUGGUUGUGCGGUAUGUGGAUCUCAUGGAAUCGUCUAUAGCACAAUCUAUUCAUAAAGGCUUUGAAAAAGAGCGUUGGGAAAGUAAAGGGAUAAACGCCGCUUUGAAUCCAGUUGCAUUAAACAAUGCAGCGCAGGCGCUGAAUACGGCAGCACUCAACCCGGCGGCAUUGCUCAGUGGCAAGAAAGAACAAGUCAAUUUCUAUGUGCCGAAGCUACCUAGGGGCACAGCUAGUACAGCUGCCUCUACUAGUGAUGAAAUGAGAAAUGGUUGUGCUACUUCAGAAGAUCUCUUCUGGAAAUUGGAUGCACUUCAAUCAUUCAUCCGAGAUUUGCACUGGCCAGAUGCGGAGUUUCGUCAACACUUAGAACAACGAUUAAAAAUGAUGGCCGUUGAUAUGAUAGAACAAUGCAUACAGCGAACAGAUUCAAUGUUCCAGUCUUGGCUAAAGAAAAAUGUUGCCUUUAUUUCAACCGAUUAUAUAAUACCGUCAGAGAUGUGCGCUAUGGUAAAUGUGAUAUUAGAUGCUAAAAAUCAAAGCUUUAAAUUAACUACCAUCGAUGGUAUUGAUCUGUACAAAUUCCAUGCGAAAAUCGAUGAUCAAAUCGACAAAGCGAAUGUAGCAAUGACACAAGGUCUGAGUGGCAAACUUAUGUCAGUGCUAGAGUCGACUUUGUCUAAAUUGGCACGAUAUGAUGAAGGCAGUUUGAUUGGCUCAAUCCUUAGCUUUACAAACGUGUCGAGCUCAGGGAAGGAUCUUGGACAAGGCUACGUUAAUUUCUUUCGUAACAAUAUGGAUCAAAUACGUGGUAAAAUUGGCGAUGAUCUAUGGACCCUUAAUUUCUUCGAACAGUGGUAUGCUCAGCAAAUCAAUAUGCUAUCCAAUUGGCUCUCGGAUCGAAUGGACCAUGCGUUGCACUAUGCGCAGAUUACAUCCAUCUCACACAUUAUUAAGAAGAUUUAUUCAGACUUUGAGCUGCAGGGUGUUUUGGAGGAUAAACUUAACUCGAAAGCAUAUCAGACAGUUGCCCAACGAAUGACGGCUGAGGAGGCAACUUGUGCUCUUUCAAUGCCCGAUGUUGCUGAUGGAGAUGAAAAUAUUGAUGAUAUUCAUAAUGUCGAUGUGGAAGAUGGUGUUGGCGAUGAAUCUGGCGGCCAUGCAUCGUCACGGAGCCUGCCAAAGCCAAAAAUAGCAGCCGCUCAAGCAGCGGCUGUCACCAACGUAGUCGCUGGCCGUGUUGGCAAUUUGCUUGGUAAAGGCAUUGGUGGACUUAGCUCAAAGCUAGGAAGUGGUGGUUGGUUUUGAGUCGCCAACAUUCGACACUUUCUGCAUGUCUGUCUUUAUUUAAACCAGGCGUCCAGUCUACUAUAUAAAAUUUGCUUUGUAGUUUUCUGAGCCAAGUCCACAGACGUCACAUGAUUGCUUAUUUAAUACCAAAAUGGAUAAAAUAUACUAUAAUACACGAAUCAAUCCCUACUUAUGUAUAUGUAAAAAAUAGUCUUUAAAAUUCAUUCCAAAUAUUAAAUUUUACACUUUAGGACUUUGAAACUAGUCAAACUUUAAGUAACUAAACCAAUGUAUAUCUAUUUCCGGAGUUUUUUUUUAAUUUUUGUGCUGAUAUAAAUUAAAACAUAUGAAACAUUAUAUCUUAGCCGAUUAUUUUAAACAAAUACAUAAAUUUAUAUUCAAUACUUAUAUGUUACAUACAUAACAUUAUUACCUCUUUAAUUAUUACUAUAAAUAAUAACAUUUUUAUUAUUAUACUAUAAUGUGAAUUGGCUUCAAUGCUAAUUUCUUUAUCAACGCAAUAGCAAAUUUGAGAAUAUAAGUAUAAUACAUAUGAACGAUAUAUUAAAGAUAUCUUCUUUACUCAUACAAAUGUACAAUUAGUAUGAGUAAUACGUUAAAUACAGUUAAAAAAAAAACUUUGGUAUUUUAUUUGAAUGAGUGAUAAAAGGAAUAUGGACGAUCUACAUAAGUGUUUUUUUUUGGCGUUUUGUCGGUUUCAAAGUAAUGUUCAUCAAUCUCAAGCAACCAGAAAUUAAGAAAUUGAAUUGAAUCUUCUCCCAAUCAAUAAAAGAUAUCGGUUAACAUUGUUACCUAGAAACAUAAAUGAUAUUAUAAAUAGGGAAGGAUUAUCGUGAUCAGUCUUCUUGAGUGUGUUAAAGACAGGGCAUGCAAAACAUUUAAAUAAACAUAAAUAGUCAAACCAAGUCAUGCAAGCAGAUCACAAAAACUGAUUUGCUUUUGUAUAUAUGUAAUGAAUUUAAAUUGUUUUUUGUUAAAAAAAACAUUCUCAUUAAACAUUUCGUUAAUGGGUAUUUUGUGAAUUUAAUCGGCAUCCUUUCUAUGUCCAUAUAUUAAGCAAAUACAUAAUUAUAAUUUUGUAUAGUACGUUCUGCCCCCUUAUAAUAUAUAUUGAUAAAAAUUCUGUUCAUUGGCACACUGGUCAAAGUUGCUUUUUUUAAAAAUUGAUUAACUCAUAAAAUUAAAUAUGAUUGAGUAUGUAUGCAAAUAUUGAGUAUACAAAAUGCAGUAAUUAAAGUUAAAAAAACAAUAAUCUUUACCAAAACAAUUACAGUGCAUAAAAUAUUUAGUUAGUCUAAAUAAAAACAUAUAUGUAUAUUUACAUUUAUUAAUUUAAAAUGCAUCCAAUAAACUCUAAAGCUGAGCACAUUGUGCCUAUCUGAGUUAAA